AUGGUGAAAAAGAAUAAAGAAAUCAGAAAUGGAAGCCCAGCAGUAAAGAAUGAUACCAAUAUCGAUGGUGAGACAGGCUUUUCACUCCAAACAGUUGAUAAGUCCAUGAAAUUUCUUACAACAACAAUAAAGGGAGCAAGAAAAUGGAGUGAAUUCAGAGACCAAAUUCCUCUUGUUUUUGAGGUAUUUGCGACAUUGGAUUCCGUACCAACAUCGAACAACAACGGAACUGCGAAACUCUUCAAUAUCAAAGACCCAACAGGAUCAUCAAGGUGUAUUUACUGGGAAAUGGAUCAAAAGCUACCAAGAAUGGCAAGAGGGCAAAUGUACAGGUUGGUUGGUGCAUUGGAAAGAAAGACCGGUCAUUUUCAGUGCUUCACAAUCCGCCCAGCACAAGCAAGCGAACAACAUCUUGUGACACAGCAAGUUAAGAUAUGUGAUGAUGCCAUGACUAAACUUGUCUCAAUGAUUUCUGAAUCCUAA